UUCUCGGUAUAAUCGGAUCACGUGAUACAAACAAAUCUAAAUUUUGGUACUGUACAGUAUCGUUAGAUUUUUUGUGUUUCCUGCUGACAAAAUGACAUCUGUUCACACAAAUAAAUCUUAUACACAGGAUAGUUUGAUUCAAAGCGGGACAAAUAAUUCCUAUGGAGUUAAGUCGGACGCAACGCACAUUUGGAUUCCGGCCGGCGAAAAAAGUCAACAUGUCAACGGGACUGGAAAAUCCGAAAUAAACAGAAAUCUUUCCGUAUUAUCACCUGCAGAAAAGGGUUCUACAUUAACCAUUCAUGAUAUUAAAUAUACGGUGAAGGUUAAAACAAAAGCAUGUUGCGGGACAACAGAGGACAAAGCCAUUCUCAAAGGAAUCGAUGGAAUAUUUCGACCUGGUAUGAAUGCUAUUCUUGGACCAACAGGCAGUGGAAAAUCUUCGUUACUGGAUGUGUUAGCUGGAAGAAAAGAUCCAAGUGGACUGUCAGGGAUGCUGCUUUUAGAUGGUUGUCCACCACCUGAAAAUUUCAAAUGUAUGGUCGGAUAUGUUGUACAGGAUGAUGUUGUCAUGGGAACGUUAAGUGUGAAGGAGAAUUUCCAUUUCUCCGCUGCACUAAGGUUACCCGCCACAGUCUCUGCAGCAGAGAGAGAAGAGAGAGUACAGAAUGUUAUCACAGAACUCGGGCUGCAGCAUUGUGCCAGUACAAAGGUUGGAAAUGAGUUUAUACGUGGGGUCUCUGGUGGAGAGAGGAAGCGAUGUAACAUUGGAAUGGAGCUGAUUAUCUCACCACCUGUGCUAUUUUUAGAUGAACCAACCACAGGGCUUGAUGCAAACACAGCUAAUACAGUCAUGCUUUUGUUAAAAACUUUAGCAAUGCGAGGACGGACAAUCAUCUUUUCAAUACAUCAACCAAGGUUCAGUAUAUACAGACUGUUUGACAAUCUAUGUUUGUUGUCUAUGGGGGAAGUUGUGUACCAUGGAAAUUGUGAAGAAUCUCUGCAGUUUUUCCAGUCAAUAGGUUAUAAAUGUGAAGAGCAUAAUAACCCACCAGAUUUCUUCCUUGAUGUCAUUAAUGGAGAUCCAAAUGCAGUUACCAGUGAUAUCUCUCAGAUUAUCUCCAGUACAGAUAUGGAGACAGUUUCUCUUGGAGGAGUGAUCAAAGAUAAUUAUGUAGAGGAAGGAUUAGCCGUACAUGAGAAGCUUGUGUCAGCUUAUAAUCAGUCACCAUGGAAACGAAAACUUACAAGUGAGCUUGACCCAAUACUGCAAGAACACGAGUCCAGAAUCAGUAGGGGUGUUGUUAAACGGUUACCACCUAUUGAAUAUGCUACCAGUGGUUUCACACAGUUCUUGUACUGCAGUCAGAGAACAUUACGCAACUUGAUAAGAAAUCCAGCAGUAUCUGUGUUACAGGUGUUGACAAUGGUUAUAUUUGCUGUAGUUGUUGGCGCCAUCUACUGGCAGAUUGAUGACUCGUGUAAAUCAGGCCUACAAAAUAGAACUGGUGCUUUCUUCUUCAUCAUUAUGAACAUGGUGUUUGGUAACCUGUCUGCUGUAGAACUGUUCAUCAAAAACAGAGCCAUCUUCUUACAUGAGAAUGUGAGUGGUUUCUACCGAGUUUCAGCGUACUUCAUAUCAACAGUCCUGUGUGAUGUGAUUCCUAUGAGAUUUCUGCCAACUCUUGCCUUUUCUGCAGUAGUGUACUAUAUGUUAGGUUUCAUUACUGCUUUUGAGAAAUUCCUGGUAUUUUUCCUGGGCUUGUUCCUAGUGUCAAUGGCAGCCUCAGCAAUUUCAUUCUGUAUCAGUGCAUUGGUUAGAAUCUUUGCUGUAGCCAACCUUCUCAUAGCCAUGGCUUAUGUUGUCAUGAUGGUAUUCAGUGGAUUACUGGUGAACCUUGAUACUAUCCCUGACUUCCUAGAGUGGCUCAAAUAUAUCAGCAUCUUCAGAUACAGUUUAAAUGCAUUAAAUAUUAACGAGCUGAAGGGAAUGACAUUUGUCAAUUCAACAGUAGAUGAAAACUGUAUUACGGGUAACGAGUACCUGGAUAUUCAGAAUAUCGCCUACGACACAGACUGGGACCUGUGGUCCAACUACGUGGCAUUGGGAGUGAUAUCAGUUGGGUUCCUGAUCCUAGCAUACCUACGUCUGCUCUUCAUGAACAAGCUUAGAUAAUCGACAUGCGACUCAGGGAAUUUGUUUUUUCUGUACCAUUUUAGAUACAGCAGUUUUGUAUUGUAUGGAUAGUUAUAUACUUAAGUAACAGUAACAGACGUUCAGGGAAGUACAGACGUUCAGGGAAGUUUAGAAAGGCCUUGUAGAUGACAAUAUACACAAGUUAAUUGAAUUCCAGUGUUUAAUGGCAUAAAAAUAUUUAAGAAAUAAUUUAUAGCAAAAGAGGGUUUUAACACUAUUUAUGCACAAUGGGCGGUUAUACGUCGGGUGAAAUUAUUUGUACGACGUAUUACUGCCCGAGUGUAUUAAAAGUGUUAAAAUAUGGUUUUGCUAUAACUUAUUAGUCCCCUACUGGUUGAAAACCAGUUUCGGGGACUAUAGGAAUGCACUUUUCCGUCAUUCCGUCCGUCCGUCUGUCCGUCCGUCCGUCCGCAAUUUCGUGUCCGGUCCAUAACUCUGCCAUCCAUGAAGGGAUUUUAAUAUUACUAGGCACAAAUGUUCCCCAUGAUGAGACGACGUGUCAUGCGCAAAACCCGGACCUCUAGCUCAAAGGUCAAGGACACAAUUGGAGGUCAAAGGUCAACAGGGCUUUUUUCCUGUCCGGUCCACAACUCUCCCAUCCUUGAAGGGAUUUUAGUAUUACUUGGCACAAAUGUUCCCCAUGAUGAGAUGAUGUGUCAUGCGCAAAUCCCGGACCCCUAGCUCAAAGGUCAAGGUCACAAUUGGAGGUCAAAGGUCAACAGGGCUUUUUUCCUGUCCGGUCCAUAACUCUCCCAUCCAUGAAGAGAUUUUAAUAUUACUUGGCACAAAUGUUCCCCAUGAGGAGACGGCGUGUCAUGCGCAAAACCUGGACCCCUAGCUUAAAGGUCAAGGUCACAAUUGGAGGUCAAAGGUCAACAAGGCUUUUUUCCUGUCCGGUCCAUAACUUUCCCAUCUAUGAAGGGAUUUUAAUAUUACUUGGCACAAAUGUACCUCAUAAUAAGACGAUGUGUCAUGCACAACUUUCAGACCCCUAGCUCAAAGGUCAAGGUCACACUUAGCAGUCAAAUGUUAACAUAGCAUGAACAGGGUCUGUUUCGUGUCCGGUCCAUAACUCUGACAUUCAUUAAGGAAUUUUAAUAUCACUUAGCACAAGUGUUCCCCAUGAUGAGAUGACGUGUCAUGCGCAAAUCCCAGACCCCUAGCUCAAAGGUCAAGGUCACAAUUAGGGGUCAAAGGUCAACAGAGUUUUUUUCCUGUCCCAUCCAUAACUCUCCCAUCCAUGAAGGGAUUUUAAUAUUACUUGGCACAAAUGUUCCCCAUGAUGAGACAACAUGUCAUGUCAAAGCCCAGACCCUUAGCUCAAAGGUCAAGGUCACAAUUGGAGGUCAAAGGUCAAUAAGGUUUUUGCCCUGUCCGAUCCAGAACUCUGUCAUCCAUCAAGGGAUUACAAUAUUACUUGGCAUAAAUGUUUCCCAUGAUGAGACGACGUGUCAUGCGCAACACCCAAUACCCUAGCUUAAAUGUCAAGGUCACACUGAGAUCAAAGGUCAAGAGGAUUUUUUUCCUGUCCGGUCUAUAACUUUGUCAUGCAAAGCAGGAUUUAGAUAUCAGUUGGCACAAAUAUUCCCCUGGAUGAGACAACAUGUCAUGCGCAAGAACCAGGUCCCUAGGUCUAAGGUCAAGGUCAUAUUUAGAGGUCAAAGGUCAGGUUCAAGAAUGACUUUGUACGGGACAUUUCUUCUUCAUGCAUGGAGGGAUUUUGAUGCAACUUGGACCAAAUGUUCACCACCAUGAGGCACCCUUGUUUUUAGAAUUACGUCCCUUUGUUGUUACUAUAAAUAGAUUUUAUUGUAACUUUUUUAUUACUGGCGGUAGAGAAAAAUCGAGACCACUUUUCUGUGGUACAGCAUGCAUGUUAUAUCCAAUUUUUAGGUGUAUUUUGACCUAUCUCUACCUGGUAAAGAGUUUCUUGUGGACUUGUAUUAUAUAGAUUUUUUUUUUUUUUUUUAAGAAUAAUUUCCCUUUGUUGUUACUAUAAAUAACUUACAUGAUAACAUUUUUAUAAUCAGCCAAAAAAAUUCAAUAUGAAAACAACUGUAGGUUUUUAUAUAUAUAAAUUUUAAUCAAAGUGUUUUGUUAUAACAUAUUGUAUAUAUAGUACAAUAUUGUUUAUACAUCAUUGACAGAUAUCAGUUCAUUAUGUUAUACUGCAGUAGAGAAAAUUAGGUGCCUUCCAGUAGGGGACUUUGUAUUGCAUGGCAAUACUUCAUUCACUUGUUUUGAUUCUAAUAUGCCUUUAAUCUAAAACAGUGGAUAAAAUAUAGUAGCGUUCUUUCUUGGUCGCAACAAAAACUUUGACGUCACUGCAUGUUAACGUGAUGUCAUUCUACCGUAAGCAUGUUUUAACAGAGGCAAGCAUAUUAGAAUGUUAUUUAAUUCCAUGAAAGUAUGUAUAAAUAAAGUUAAUACCUCUAAGCAUUUUUAUUAAAACACAAUAUUUUUUUACACUUGUUUUCUUUGAGUAAAACUUGCAUGUGUGCAUGUUUACACAUUUCAGAUUUUUUUUAUAUCAUGUCAGGUGUCGACAAAUACCUGUACAUACAAGACCAAUUUUUCCAUCUUGUAAUGGAAGUUAUUUAGUGUGCAUAUUUAUAUGAAAAUUUUUAUAUCUUGGAAAUAUGUGCUCAGAUUCAUAUAUCUGGUAGAUAUGUACUUAAAUUCAUUUGUCUGGGAAAUAUGUAAUUGUAGCAAUAAGUUACAACUAAUGACGGACCUUCACAUUUGUUUCUUUCUUUAUAUUUGAUUUACAAAAAAAGAACUUUGUAUAAUGUAACCUUGACAUGUUUGCUGGAAUUGUUAAAAUGGUAAUGAGGAACAUAAUAUAAAUUGUUUAGAAGUACAGUAAAACACAGCUUGUUCAAACAUAAAAGGUACAAACACUUCUGCUAGCCAGAGUAUGGAUGGCACGAGCACUCAGUCUGGCUCAAGUAUUGUUGGCUAGCUCGAGUAUUGUUGGCACAAGUACUUUGGCUAGCUUUAGUAUCAAUGGCAAGAGCACUGAGGUGAGCUCAAGUAUUGGUGAUACAAAUACUUGGGCUAGCUUGAGGAGUUUAUGUGGUUCACAACCGUUUUUCUUAUACUUUCAAUGUUUGUAUCCCUCAAAAAUCCUGGACAACUCAUUUUGUUCAUUCCCUUGCAUUCUUGAACAAUCAGGGUUCUACUGCAGAGGUAAACAUUCUUCAGCAUACCUCAAGAAAUUGGUGAGAAAAAUAUUUAUGUUUACAGAUAAUCACUGAAUUAGUUAUUAAUUUUUAGAAUAAUUAUAAUGUUAAGGAUGAUAUAGUGUGUUGUCCAAAAGUUCCUCAAAGGUCAAGGUCACAGGCUCAUAUCAAGUUGUAUUGUGAUAGCUUAGAUAAUCCAGGGUUUCUGAAAUCUGCUUAUUAAUUGGUACUUCAAAAUUUUACUCCUGUAGCGCGACAGUUUUAGUUUGUUUGGCAAUAUUUGAUUAAUGUAUAGUUACUGGGGUUAGACAGAGGGCAUAAUUUUAGACUAUUUUUUCCUCUAGAAUAAGAAACAUUGCCUCUGGGCAUAAUUACAACAACAGGUAGUUGUCAGUCCAUUAAAAAAAAAGAAAUUGCCAGUUAUGUCAAUAGGUGGUAAGUUAAGGCUCUGGCAAUUAUAAGUAAUUAACAUUGAAGACUUGAUUUCUGGACUACUGGUCAUAGAAUUUUAAUGUAUCCCUGCACGCUCACUCUGAUAAAUGCAGAAUUUUCUGGCAGCCCUGGACUACGGACAUGGGAUUUCUAAAACCCUUUAUUCUGCUGUAUUCUGUAAAUUUUUAUCUUUUCUAGUUUCAUGUAGCAUUUGUUUCAGAAAUUGUUAUGUUGUGUUGAUAUUUUAGUUUAUUUUUGUUAUACUUUUUCUUGAAAUGUCCCGGUUGUUCAUAUUGUCUCGUACCUUACAACCAAAUGAAGGAUAUAGCCAAUGUAAUUUUUGAUGUUUUGAAAAAAUUAUUUCACAUUAUUAGCUGUAAUGACUGGUACUGUGCUGUUAAAAACAAAACUCUUAUGUCUUUUUGCAAAAGAUCUGUGUGUUUUCCCUGACUGAACGAAGGUGAUGAAUGUGCUGCUGGCAUGCACUGACACAGUACAUUGCAGUUUCAUGCACACAAGAUUGCAUAAUUAUGUGGACUGUAUGUAUAUAGACUCUAUGUACAAAAAUUAUUGUUUUACUAUGGAUACUAAACAUGACUUAUGUAUAUUGUUAGUAUUAUUAGAUAGUAUAGUAACAAAAAAGAAAGUCCCACAAUUCUGCAAAAUAUUUUUCUGAAAGAACCUAACUUGCACUAUGCACAAGAUUUGGGGAGGAGGGGGGGUACAAAAAUGAUUGUUUUACUAUGGAUACUAAACAUGACUAAUGUAUAUUGUUGAUAUUAUUAGACUUACUGAAAAAAAAUGAUUACUUUUAUUUGUCUUUCAUAUUAAAAUGUUUACCAUGGUAUACUUAUAUACUGUAAAUACUUAUGAAACCGUUGUUUUUUUUUUUGCGAAAUGUUGUAGUUAUGGCCAGUACAGCUACAUUAAGUUUUGUGCCGAUACAAAUUCAUGGAUUUCAACUUUUGAAGAUAAAUGGGAAUUUGUUAGUUUAUAGAGAUAUAAUGCCACAUAUUGAUGGAAUCCUGGAAACCUAAAAAGUCUGUCCCCAAUACAUAGUAAUGUUUACCAAGUAUUUUAAUUGUACCUCAAUAAAUCGUCGUUUUCAAUAUACACACAUGUAUAUAAAUGGUGUUAAGUUUAUACAGCCUAUGUGUAUAUGUUCCAUAGACUUGCCAAAAGACAAUCUUUUAUUUAUUUUUUUAUGUACUCAUUUCCAGUAAAUACUGUGUAUUCACUUACUGCUCAAAUGUUUUCAUAUGUUACAGCUGCAUUGUGUGCUUAAAUCUAGUCCAGUUUUGCAACAUUUUUUGUUAAGUCAAGUUUUUGAAAGUCAACCUAGGCAGAUCUAUUGUAUUAGGGCCUUUAUUGAUCAAGAUUAAAUCUGAAACUGAAGACUGGUGUUAUGUAAAGCAAAUUUUCAAUUUGCUAUAAUUGUGUUGAUAGUUCAGUUUAUACUGGUAACAUAUAUGUCAUGCAAGAUGAAACUUUAAUAAACACAUCUUUAUCAUACAUGUAACACAAAAACUGAAAAACAAAAAAUGUAAAUUGCAAUUAAGUGUUCUGAGUAAAGGACUUACAGAACAAGUCUCAUAGUCAUCAGGUUAUAGUUAGUCCACCAGAAAUAAUGGCAUAGAUAAGGUAGAAUAAAGCCUGGACUCGAAUAUUAAAUAUUAAUAUAAAAAUAUUAAAACAGCAAUGUUACUAUCUUUCUAAAGGUAAAUGACAUUAUAAUAAAAUGCUUGACAUGUUGAUUAUUCCCAACUUACUUAUAUAUUCUUACUGUAGCUUGAAAUGUGCAGAUCUCAUUGGUUAUAGGUAAAUACCUCAAAAACAAGCUCACAAACUUCUACAUUUUAUUGCACCUUAUUAUAUAUUUUGUUUAUUUAUGACUGGGAGGAGUUUCAUUAAAACCUAUGUUGCAGAUAAAAUGUACAAAUGCUUUUAAUUUGUACAAUAUAUUUAAUAAAACACCAAACGACUUGUGUCGAGCUGGUUAAACCAAAAGUAAGACAGAAAUCCAUGUCACAUUUUAUUUUCACUGUAUCACUGUACAAUGUUUUGCCAUUAGUUGCCGUAUUGUUUUAUUUUCUGUAUUUUGAUACAACAGAUACAUUUGCUUUAUUUUGUACUCCUUGAAAAUAUAAAAAGUUUAUAGCAUACAA